AUGAUGUGGCCCUCCCUGUCGCGCCAGGCGGGCUGGCACGACAAGGCCAAUGUUCUGGGCCCGCGCCAUUUACUUCGAUUGGAAUUUUUCCAGAGCCUAUGCGUGCUGGAUAUAAGCCAUACAGAUUGGGAAUUGGAUCUAUCACAAGAUAUAAUGGAGCAAAUGGCUGUAAACAUUAGGGAGGUUCAUAUAAAGAAGGGAAGGUUUUGGUGCAGCAACCUUGCAUGGAGACAACUACAGAACCUUCGCAAGCUUCGUGUAAUCGAGCCUACAAGCUCUUGGGAGACAGGGAAAAGAGACGAAUUCAUGGAUAUGGUGAAGCUGGAGCUUCUUGACCUAUCUGGAAACAAUGCUAUACAAGUUUUGCCAAGCUUGUGUGGGGCAACUGGACUAAAAACUCUGAUCCUAGAUGGUUGUGCUGGGUUGGAGCAUGUUGGUCUUGAAGGACUACCUCCAUCACUUGAGUCAUUCAGCUUAGAUGCAGGAGCAGGGGGGGAUGGUAACAGCAAUACAGCUAAAAUAUCACGUAUCAUCUUGGCCGGUUGUGCAAAACUGGUGGGCUUCAGAUUGCUUGGAUCCCUGCCAAACCUUGAGGAGUUGGACCUCUCACGCACUGCAGUAAAAACUGUAGACCUAAGCAAGGUGGUCCAAGUCCAAAAUCUUCAAAAAAUCUUGUUGAUGGGAUGUGAGCGACUCCGUGCAAUUGUUUGGCCAGAAAAAGGGAUGCGACAACUGAGGUUGCUACACAUUGAUACUCGACAAGAAGUAGACUUGAGAGAAACACCACAUGAUUCUUUGGUAUGCAAAGAGCAAGAGCAGUAUUGCCAGGCACGUGUUUGUAUCGCGGACAUGAGGUUCUUUCAGUCGUUGGUGCUUACAAUCCGUGAAGAGUUCUAUUGCAGCACUGCCCCAGUUAAGCUGAGUCUCUACCUGUCUGGUACUAGCAAGGACGAUGGAAAGAGCAACAGCAGGGGGACGAUGGAAAGAGCAACAGCAGGGAGACGAUGGCAGCCAUUUUGA